AACUGUGACAAUGCGAUGGGAUAUUUGGGCCUAACUCAGGUCUUAGGAUCUUACUUAAACUGAUUAACACGUAAACGAGUCUUUGAUUUAAAAUGGCUACACUUUGUCUUAUUUUCGAUGCAACAGACUCCCGCAAAAUAUUGCAAAGAUCAUAAAAGAAGAAUGCAUCAUAUGUGCGAAAGAAUGCUUGUAAUUACCAAGUCCUACAAAUAUAUAUGGAAGCUAUACAUGAAAAGUGCUUAUCAUACAAAAAAUUGUAGUUAUCAGCUAAGAGGAGACAUAAUAUUCGAUGAAAUAGUGUCGUGAGUGCAAGGGAUCUGCUAAAAUUCGAUAGCAAAAGAGAAGAUACGAAAGAUGGC